AUGACUACGAGAUGGAAGUUGAACACUGGGGCAGAGAUCCCAGCAAUUGGGUUUGGUACCUGGCAAGAUGAAGGAGAGCAGGAAGAUGCCGUUGCGGAGGCAAUCAAAGCAGGAUAUCGUCACAUUGACACUGCACGCGUCUACGGUACCGAGAGAGCUGUUGGCAGAGGCGUGAAGAAAAGCGGCGUCCCGCGAAAAGAUCUCUUCAUUACAACCAAGCUCUGGAGCAAUAAACACCACCCAGACGAUGUAGCAUCGGCUAUACAGCAAUCGCUGGACGAUUUGGGGAUGGAUUAUGUUGAUCUGUUCUUGAUGCACUGGCCCGUAGCCUGGAAGCGAGGCGAAGAUCUCUUUCCGAAGGAGAAUGGGAACCCCAUCAUGGAGAAUAUUGAUAUUGUCGAUACUUACAAGGCAAUGGAACAACUUCUGAAAGACGGCAAGACCAAGGCGAUCGGCGUCUCGAACUUCGACAAGUCUGAGAUGGACCGCCUGAUAAAGAAUGCUUCCAUUGUUCCGGCCGUACACCAAAUGGAAUGCCACCCGUGGCUACAGCAGCAUGAUUUCACAGAAUGGCAUCGAAAGAAUGGAAUACACGUUACACAGUACUCGCCGUUUGGGAACCAAAACGCUCACUACGGCGAGAAAGGUGGCCUAGGGAAACUGAUCGAUGAGCCUGUACUAGCGGAGAUAGGAGAACAGUAUGAGAAGACUGCUGCUCAAGUUGCUCUCGCUUGGGGAGUAUCGCAAGGCCAUUCGGUGUUGCCGAAGUCCAAAACACCAUCGAGGAUCAGAACCAAUUUGGGAGGUGACUUCAAACUGAGCCCACAGGACAUGGAGAAAAUUGCAAAGCUCAACAAGAAGGUCCGUUUCAAUGAUAGCAGUGCAGCUCAUGGGUUUGCACUGGUAACUCCUGCCUCGCGAGGACUGGGGUUUGCCUUCACACAGCAGCUGCUGACACGGACUGACCUUCCUGUGAUCGCCACAGCUCGUAAGAACUGCGAUGAACUUCAAGAACGAUUACUGUCUAGCAAUGACAUGCCCAAAAAUGCAGAGAAAAGACUGCGCAUUCUCCAGGUAGAUGUGACGGACGAAUCCACACUAUCAGACAUGGCAGAGACAAUCCGCCAGGAAUAUCCCAAAACGCCACUCAGGAUUGGACUGACAGUCCCAGGCAUCUUGCAUGUGGAAAAAUCACCCAGUCACAUCAACUCCGCCAAGGCACUGGAAAGCUUCAAAAUCAACUCCCUCGGUCCCUUGCUGCUCAUGAAGCAUCUUUCUCAAUUUGUCCCAUGUAAAUCUGCACCGGCAUUCCCAACAACGGAGUCCAGCUCUGCAAUCAAUUCUCACAGACCAUUGCAGCUGCCUUCGCAUGCCAUCUAUGCAAUGAUGGCCGCCCGAGUUGGCUCCAUAUCCGACAAUGCCUCGGGCGGAUGGUAUUCCUACCGGGCAAGCAAGGCAGCUGUAUUCCAAUUGGCGAAGUCAUUUGAUUUGUAUUUACGGACGAGGAGUGGGCAGAGGGGGAUCGCAGUGGCGUUGCAUCCUGGAACCGUGCGUACAGAUUUCACCAAGGAGUUUUGGAGUGGAAGGGACAUGUUGGACCCGGUUGAUGCAACUGGAAAACUGUUGGAGUUUGUUGUCGGGUUGUCAUCGGAUGUCCAAGGGGGGCGAGGGAGAUGCUGGGAUUGGAAGGGGAAGGAGGUUUUGCCAUGA